UUUAAUCUUUGUUACUUGAAGUUUGAACUGGUAGACUAGACAGUUAUACUACGUCUGUGGUAUAAAACAAUGAACGAAUGAAAACAAUUGCAUAAACGCUCCAAAUUUGAAUUUCAAUAAGAAAUAUAUUGAUGAAAUGUGUCGCCGUGAACUUUUUAGAUAAUGUAUUUUUAUUUUAUUUGAAGUUUCGCAUGUAAGGAGGUAAAAAUGGAGGACGAAGAAGACUUUAUAGGUUGUGUAAGUUGCAUGAGUACAAAUGAUUUAUGCGACCUAUUUGCUAUUUACACAAAUAAUGAUGAAACCUACGCGCAAAUGUUUGAAACAUGUUUUGAAUUUAAGAUAUCAAACGAUUUUAAAUAUAUAUGUGCUGUUUGUGUUGAUUCAUUGGAGAAGUCGCUCUUUUUCAAGAACCAGACCACAGAAAAUAUAAGAAUGCUACAAACCAUCAAAAAUGAAGAAUACCUAGAUGAGACUAUAUUAGAGGAAGGAGACAGUUCCUCCACAAGCCAAGGGCAUUGCAGAAAUUCUUGCCACAAAAAUGGCGAUGACCUUGAUGAUGUGGAAAUUGAAGCCCUGGAUGAAACUACAUGUAUCUACUGUAAUCUGGAGCUGUCCAGCCCUGAGGAGGUCCAGCACCAUAUAAGAUUGGUCCAUGGUCUGGAACCUCGUACUGGAAAACAAGUGAGAGAGUGUAACCUGUGUGGUGCCUCGCUAAGAGAUCUACCCGAUCACUUUAAAAGAUGUCACAGUGGCAAAGAGGACAAUCGCGAAUACGCUUGUCAUUUUUGUGAAAAUAUUUAUAAAAGUAAGAAGGCUUGCUUUACCCACCUGCGGAUGAAGCAUGGGUUAAAACUGUGCAACGACCAUUCGCCGAAGUACUCGUCACACGAUCGCAAAAAAUGUCAUAUUUGCGGCAGAGACUUUAGUCAAAAACAAAUAUUGAAUAAUCAUCUGUGGAAGGCUCAUGGUUUUGAGGUGGAAAAAAGAAAAGCAUUCUUUUGCCCCUUAUGCACUGAACGCGUUAGUUAUGGAUCUAACUUUAGUGCUCAUCUCUUGAAUAGGCACAAUGUGACGGAAGAGGUCGAACAAUUGGAAUUUAGUUCGAUGGAUGAUUUCAUUCUUUACAAAAGUGCUAUACAGGAAGAGACAAAAUAUCGUUUUCGCAAAACAACAGCGAGCAAACAGACUAUAGAAGGUGUUCGCUCGCAUUAUAUGUGUAGUCAGUCCGGCAUAUAUGUGUACCAGGGCAAAGGCAAACGUCCGGCGCCAGAGAGACAAAUCUACAAGACGGGCAAGGCGUGUCCCGCGCACAUGAUUGUUACGGAAACAUUGGACAAAGUGCUUGUCACGUUCUACAAGACGCACGUGGGGCAUGGGCCCUGUCCCUACUAUGAACCCCGCGAGCCGAAGCGGCUGAAAACAGAGGCUGAUACGGAUAACGAGUCGUUAAUUUGUGACACAUGUGGUGCCAAAAUGGAGACGGCAGAAAAUUUGCACACACAUGUGACGGCACACGGGUUACAAUUGUACCCUUGUGAAUACUGCCAUGAGUUAUUCCAAAAUGUCGAUGCGUGGAACCAUCACAGAAGACGGGAGCACAAUUAUGUUUAGUUUUGUUUUUAGAUUUUUGUUUAGCACGAAAGCGGUUAUGUUAUUUCUUUUUGCAAUAAAUAAAUAUUACUUUGGA